AGAUGAUAAAUAAGGGUCUUAUCUAGAGAAACCAUCGCUCAUUUUCUAAAAAAAAUAAUUAAAACUUUUAUAAGUUUUAGCCAUAAAUGCUUAUCUUGAACUAGCUCUCUUUUCUAUUUGAAUUCCGGCAGUAUAGACACUGCUAAGUUUAUUACUGCCCUCCACAGGUCAAAGUUUGAACUAAAUUGUCAUAUACAAUAUGUUAGUGCAAGUAUAUAACAGUUAGUUCAUGGCUAUGUGUAAGAAUCUUCAUGUAAUAAUCACUUUUUGUUAUUGCCAAUGUGUGAACAGCUUGUAACAAAAUUUAAAACACAAGACCUUCUUCAACUUCCUUGCUUGUCUAUAAAAGCCUGUAGACUGAUUUUUUUUUUGUAAAGGGGGGUUUUGCUGGGAAAAUCCAAAGGAAACCAUCAUAACAGUGUAAUUUAAUGAAGCUCAUCUUUCGAAACGAUAUUGGUGAAUCACAUUAAGUCAUGGUAGAGGCUCCCUCACGUCACUAUGGAGUGUGUGCACGAGCGCAAGCAUGAGCAACACAUUUCUGGCUGCAGUUCACUAAAAGGUCACCAGUUUCGCUAAUAACAAGGGUUUCUGAAUUCUACAUAUAGCCAAAAUAAUGUGUAAAAUUGGCAGCAGUCAUUUAAAUUCUGGUGUUCCUAAUGCUUUGUGCAUAAACAGAAGAAACAGAAUUAAAAAAGAGAGAAAUGAUUAACAAUAUUAUAUGAGCCAGAAUAUUUUCAUUAUUCCUUAGAAGUUUGAAAGUGAUUCAGAAUGAAAAUCACUGUAAAAAAUGUUUAGUUUAACUUUUUUAGAAUAUUAAAAUGUAGAAUAUUAAGCAUUUUUUGCUUGACAAAUUUAGUUAUUAUUUUGAACCCAUCCAUUAUGAUCAGUGAGUAGUGAACACACACACGUUGCAAGCUGUGGACACACACACCCGGAGCAGUGGGCAGCAAUUCACUGCGGCACCCAGGGAGCAAUUGGGAGCAUCACAGUCAUUUCCUGCCGGUAGUGAGAAUCGAACACAACACAACAAUACACAACUUAUUAACUUAAAGUAAGGUGAACUUACUUUUUAAGCUUUUAAUACCAAAGUUAAUGUUCACGCAACUUAACUUUUUUGAGUUACCAAUUUCUACUGACUAGUAAAAUUUAGUUGGAAUAUCUUUAUGAAAGUAAGGUUAACUUACUUUUUUAAGUUUUCAAUACCAAAGUUUAUGUUCAUUAACCUAACUUGGCUUAUUUUCUUAGUUUUUAACCAAAAAUUUUUUUUUCAUUUGUAAUUAAUUAGUGCUUGGUUAACGUUAGCACUAAUAUUGAUACAGUUAAAUGAUACCGUUCCCACAUGUGCACUGCAAUAGACUAGAAAUAUACACAUCGGUUUGUUGAUGGACAUACACUUUUUAACGCUGAUGUAGAGGAAUUACAGUUGUAAUGUCUAAUAAUAUACAUCAGACUGAGAAGUGUAUCACUGAGAAACUUUCUGCUCUAGUUGUCCUUGUGAUGGAGGCUCGGGUUAAAUAACUAGUUCUUCCAGUGUUUCAUCAUCAGACUUGCGGUCGGAUUGAUAUGGUAAAAUCUAUGUCAUCAUUACUGUCUUUACAGUGUGUACAAUCGCUGAGCUCUGGAAGCCUCCGGAGGUGAAUCACUUAUGGUAAAGGGUGUUUGUUUCCGCAUGCGGUGUAAGCGGUAGACCAAUUGGCCGAUCAGAGCAGGCUCAUGGAAAGGAGGACUAAUCGUUUGAGAAUCAUUGAAAAAUGUGGUUUCUCUGUUUCACACAUAAUGGUGUUGAUUCUCUGUAUUUCUGCAUCUGGAUCUGCACUUCUGCUCUGCUGUCUGAUCUACUGCAGAUCACCUGAUAACGACAAAGUCAUUCAUCUUCAGAUGUUUCUAGUCUUCUGUCCAAACAUUCUGAUGUUUCUUGCUUUUGUCCUCUGGGGUGUUUCUGAAGGAUCUCUGAAUGAGACAGUCUUCUGUUGUGUUCAUUAUCUUCUGAGACCUCUCAUGUUGCUUUAUGCAGCUCCAUAUGCUCAUGAUUUUACAGGCAGCAUUGGAUUAUGGAUUCAGCGUUACACUCACAGAACACAAUAUACUGUUUUCUCAGCUGUUUUUUUUGCAGUCAUUUUUAAAUAUGUUUUGGACAAAGGUCUGAAUUAUACAGGAUUAGACGGUUACAUGGUAACAGUCCUGUUCGUAAUUGUGCUCCUGUUAUACCUCUACUAUAUUUUUUCCUUAUGUGCUAAAUUUGUUGGGAUAUUAUGUGAAAAGGGAUUUGAAAUGUUCAGUGCUGUGGCAGGUAUAAGCUUUAAUAUUCUGCCUUCAUUUCAAUUUAUCCUCCUGUACUACACCUUUGGAACGACUAGAGGAGUGUUUUUCAUUGUGGCAGUUUUACCAUUGUUUCUCACCAUAACAAACUACAGUUUUGACUAUACAUGCGGAACACAAAUGGGCUGUUCGCCUUUGGUCGCGAGAUCUGUGUGGGUUGUUUUCAUGUUUUUGGCCAAUUCUGUAAUGGUCUAUUUAUACACCGUAGCACUGGAAACUGAAGAGGAUCGUAUUGGAUGGGCCUUUAUGAUUGCAUUUCUACAAGCACUGUGGGCAGUGUUAAACUUCACAUGGUCUUUUAGAUGGGAAAUUCACCGUGUUGUUUCCGUAUACCUGUUUGGAUCAGUUGUUAUUGUCUUACUGAACUCUGUUGCACUGAUGACAGAACUGAUACUGAAAACAGUUAAUGGUGAUCGUGCAGUGGGAGAUCUGAGAAUCAUCGUAUUUUCCUCUGAUUUCUUCUUCCCUUUAUGUCUGCUGAUUUUAUUGGUAUUUGAGCCUUGGAUCAAAAUAUGUCUGCAGUCACGUCAGAAUGCAGCAUGUUCUGAUGAAACUUCAGCCAGUGGAUCAGACUAGAAGCAGAACACAGUGGAGUUACAUGAAAAGUAUCAUCUACUGAAUCAAGAUCAAGAGGCUUGUACGAGUGUGGCAAAGGAAAAUCAGCUGGAUUUAGUGGAAUCACAAACAUAAUAAACAAAGAGAGAAAAAGACUCAAAAACUAAAUGUUUUGCUCCACUGAGAUCAAACUCUCAUAAACCCUAGCUAAACUGGGAGUACAGUGUCACUUCCAUGCUGCAUCUGGGUGUUGACACUAUGGCGAGCGGCAUCAGCAUGACAAUGUCUGAGGCUUUAUUUACACUGCACACGUCUGUGGCGCAUUACGGCUGUGACGUUGCUACCGGAGAUGAUUUGCGGCUGCUCUAGUCAAUGCUUGGGUUUACACCAGCCGUGCUGUGGUGCGUUUUAGAAGCAUCCCAGCAGAGGCCUGCAGCGCCGUUUCGCUAAAAAAAGAUAGACGCCUCGCCUAUUUUUGAAAGACGCCGCGUCCAAGACCAUAAUCACCUUGUGUAAACUCCCGCUCAUAUUUCACAUCACUAGGAGGCCAGAAACUGACGACAACAGAUUCGAAGUUGAAAAGUUUGAAAUUUCUUUGUUCUUGUUGUCCAUAACUGAACUUUUAAGUGCAUUAACUUCAUCUGUAGGCUACAGCAAAAUAAAGUAUCGCAUAGCAAUAAACACAAACCGGACAAAAUAUAACCAUUUAUCCAUUAAAAACUCGAAAAAUCAAGGAAAAAACAUCAGACAGGCAAAUCUCGCCGCCUCGCGAAUCCAGCUGCUUUGCUUCUGAAAUGCUUCUACUGUGAGUUGACACCACGCCGAGGACGGAACAAGACCUUGCCAGAGCCGAAAUGCGCCGCAGACACGUGCAGUGUAAACGAGGCUUGAGGCUCGUUUUACUUCAUGCCAAUAUUCAUUGGCAGAUGACAGUCUAUGAUGACACAAGUGGAGCACCUGUGAGUAUAAGAGGGUGCCUGCAAUACACGUCAUUAGCUUUUUGGUCUUCAGGAGCUGUUAACCAACCGGCAAGUGCUUUAGAAAGUGCAUUCCUCCCUGUCCUUGUUUUAUGACACCUGAGGGCACCCACAAUCAUUGCAUUGUGUGCUUUGGAGCACGUCUAGCACUCAAAUGUGCUAAAUUAUUUUGCUGUGACAAGUUUACAGUGAGGAAGGUCCACUCAUGCCUUGCCCUUCUUUUCUUGAGAAAUGAAGCACUGGUGUCCUCACCCCACGACUGAAGUCCUGCUGCUGCUGCUGAGGCACAGUGAAGACUUAAAGGAUUAGUUCACUUUCAAAUUAAAAUUUCCUGAUAAUUU